AGCGCCGAGCCUCCGGCGUGCAGUGCACCAUGGACUUCGUCGAAAAGUCCAUCCAAAAGGUCAACCAGCUCGGCGCCGGUGGCGGUGGCGGCACCGACUCCAAGUACUUUCAGACGACAAAGAAGGGUGAGAUUCACGAGUUGCGUGAGGAGCUCGCCAACCCAAAGAUGGAGAAGAAGAAGGAGGCGGUCAAGAAGGUGAUCGCCGCGAUGACCGUGGGCAAGGACGUCUCGAUGCUCUUCACCGACGUUGUCAACUGCAUCCAGACGGUCAACAUCGAGCUCAAGAAGCUCGUCUAUCUCUACCUGAUCAACUAUGCAAAGUCGCAGCCCGACCUCGCCAUCCUCGCCGUCAACACCUUUGUCAAAGACACACAGGACGUCAACCCGCUCAUCCGCGCCCUCGCCGUCCGGACGAUGGGGUGCAUCCGCGUGGACAAGAUCGUCGAGUACCUUUGCGAGCCUCUGCGCAAAUGCCUCAAGGACGAGGACCCGUACGUGCGGAAGACGUCCGCGGUCUGCGUCGCGAAGCUCUACGACAUCAACGGCGAGCUGGUCGAGGACCAGGGCUUCCUCGACAUGGUGUACGACCUGCUCGGCGACUCGAACCCGAUGGUGGUCUCGAACGCGGUCGCCGCGCUCGCCGAGAUCUCGGAGACGUCCGAGCUGGGCCAAAAGGUCUUCCAGAUCAACACGUCGACGCUGCAAAAGAUGCUGGCCGCGCUCAACGAGUGCACUGAGUGGGGCCAGGUCUUCAUCCUCGACUCGCUCGCGCUCUACUGCCCCUCGGACGGGCGCGAGGCCGAGUCGAUCAUCGAGCGCGUGACGCCGCGGCUGCAGCACGCAAACUCGGCGGUCGUGCUGUCCGCAGUCAAGGUGAUGAUCAAGUACAUGGACCUGAUCACGAGCCAGGACACGCUCAAGGCGCUCUACAAGAAGAUGGCGCCGCCCCUCGUCACCCUCCUCUCCUCCGAGCCCGAGAUCCAGUACGUCGCGCUGCGCAACAUCAACCUGAUAGUGCAGAAGCGGCCGACCAUCCUCGCGCACGAGAUCAAGGUCUUCUUCUCAAAGUACAACGACCCGAUCUACGUCAAGAUGGAGAAGCUCGAGAUCAUGAUCAAGCUCGCCUCGGAGCGGAACGUCGACCAGGUGCUCAUGGAGCUCAAGGAGUACGCCACCGAGGUGGACGUCGAGUUCGUGCGCCGGUCCGUGCGCGCCAUCGGGCGGUGCGCGAUCAAGCUCGAGCGCGCCGCCGAGCGCUGCAUCAACGUGCUGCUCGAGCUCAUCCAGACGAAGGUCAACUACGUGGUGCAAGAGGCGGUCAUCGUCAUCAAGGACAUCUUCCGCAAGUUCCCCAACCGGUACGAGUCCAUCAUCGGCACGCUCUGCGAGAACCUCGACACGCUCGACGAGCCCGAGGCGAAGGGGUCGAUGAUCUGGAUCAUCGGCGAGUACGCGGAGCGGAUCGACAACGCGGACGAGCUGCUCGAGUCCUUCCUCGAGUCGUUCGACGAUGAGACCGCCUCCGUCCAGCUGCAGAUGCUCACCGCCACGGUCAAGCUCUUCCUCAAGCGGCCGGCGGAGACGCAAAAGAUGGUGCAGGACGUGCUCACGCUCGCGACGCAGGACUCUGACAACCCCGACCUGCGCGACCGCGGCUACAUCUACUGGCGCCUGCUCUCGACCGACCCCGAGGCCGCCAAGCAGGUCGUGCUCGCCGAGAAGCCAAACAUCAACGACGACUCCUUCACGCUCGACCCGUCCGUGCUCGACGAGCUCAUCACGCACCUCUCCACCCUCGCCUCCAUCUACCACAAGCCGCCCUCCACAUUCAUCACCGGCCGCACCCGCAUGGUGCCCACGCUCGGCGGCGGGGCGCACGACGACGAGUACGAGGAGAGCGACGCCAACAUCACCUCCGACAUGAUGGACGGAGGGAUGGGCGGUGCGCAGGCGGCGCCGCCCGCGAUGCCCGCCCCCUCCGCCGGCGGGCUCGCCGACUUGCUGGGCCUCGACGACGAGAUCGCCGCGCCGGCGGCCGGCGGCGGCGGCAUGGGCGGCGCCGCGAGCUUGGCGCCGCCAGGCAUGGCAGACCUCUUCGGGGGACCGCCUGCGCCCGCGCCCGCCGCCCCGUCCGCCAAGGUGGUGCUCCCCCCGGACCGCGGCGAGGGCAUGCAGGUCCGCAGCGCCUUCGUCGCGCAGAACGGGCGCGUCUUCCAGCAGAUCACCAUCGAGAAUCACUCGCCCGCGCCCCUGUCCGGCUUCGCCAUCCAGUACAACAAAAACUCGUUUGGGCUGGUGCCGGAGUCGCCAGGGGCGCUCGGCCAGGUGAUGCCGCCGCAACUCGCGCCGGGCCAGUCGCACACGGGGCUGAUGCCGCUCACCGCGACGGGCCAGCCGCAAGACUCGAAGGGCCACGUGCAGAUGGCGAUCAAGAACAACGUGAAGGUCUUCUACUUCCAGGACCAGUGCGAUGUCCUCGCCUUCCUCUCCGCCGACGGGCGCGUCGAGCGCGGCGCCUUCCUCGAGCAGUGGAAGAGCAUCGCUCAGGAGGCGGCGCUCGACGUGCAGGGCAUCGGCCCCGCCAACGAGAAUGUCGACUCGCUGUGCCCAAAGCUCGAGGCGUCCAACGUGUUUUUCAUCGCGCGGCGCAAGCUGGACGGAGGCGCGGACAUGCUCUACUUUUCGGUCAAGACACUCAACGGUGUCGUCAUGCUGGCCGAGAUCGGGCUGCGGCCAGGCCAAGGCAUGGGCCGCGUCGUCGUCAAGGCGCAGCAGACGCCGUACGUAUCCUUGCUCGCAGAGUCGCUCAAGGCGAAGCUCCUCUCCUAG